CAAAAACACAAAAUGGCAGCAGUGGACAGCGAGUUACCUGUUGUGAUUCUUGGAGCUGGAAUAAGCGGUAAUGUUUUUUUCGCGAAAGGCGAGGAGGGGCUUCGGACUUGGAGCUAAAUAUUGGAUAUUUCAGAUUUCAGACUUUAAACCUCAGACUUUCGACGUGAAAGCGAUCAUUGGGAUCAUAAAUUUGGGGGGAUUUUCAUUUACACACAGCUGAUUUCAUAAGAUGGUAUUAAAGGCGUAUUGUUCCUGCUCGUGCUUAAUACUAUUCAAAAAAUGACACACUGUUCGAUAAGCAAGCAUUCCCGUAGAUAAUAGAUAAUUAAUAGGGGGUAAUUCGAGGUCGGGAUAUUGCUUUGCGUAUUCUUUUCUAAUUUGAUCGAAGUUUGAAUUUUGAUACCCACACCACCGCCCCCUUCCCCUCGAUGGGUAAGGAGGGGAGGGGGGGUGUAGGGGGUUGGGUACUUCCCAGUAGUAGGCUAAUGGGUAUGUGCCCCUGGAUGGGGUUGCAUUUUCACGACUGGAUUUACUAUUAUGGGGUUGCAUUUUUAUAAGAAUUAUUACUAGAAUGGGGUUGCACAUUUUCAGGAUUUCAGGGGUCAGAUAAUUCAGGUAUGUAGGGCGUUAAAAAUAGAACGAUUUACACCGCAGUAAGUUUAACAAAUGUGUCAGUUCAUUUCAGGAUGACUUAAAAGGCUUUAUAAGGUAGAUGCAUAAACAGAAAGUGACUAAGAUGAGAUUGUGAAAAGUACUUUUUUCCCAAAGUGACUAAGAUGGGGUCUAUAAUAGCCACAGAAUACAAUAAAAUGGGGUAGGGGUUCUGAGAGGCAAGUGGCACAUACUAUUACAGCUGCAAGAAGAAGCUCUAGGUGUUACAAGGAAAUGCUUUCUUGAACAAGUACAUCUUAAUAAAUUGCUCUUAUUCCAGAGGGUAAUUUAGUUUUCCAUAAUUUAGGUGCUGCUACUUGAAAUGAUUUAUCUCCAAGAGUGUUCUUGGUCCUAACCAGUGGUCACUUUAACGACAGUUCCUUGCUCAAAUCUAGGUUAUAUCGUGUCCGUUAUUUAAUCUUGAUUAAGUUACAAAUAGGAUGGUGCAACAGCAUAAUUUGCCUUAAAACUUAGGAUCAAUAUUUUAUACUCAACUCUCCUUGAAAAAAACCUUCUGCAGUUCAACUCUCAUUGGGGACCACCUCCCAUAAGCGACCACUAACUCUUUGGCUUUUAAGUGGUUGCCUAUUGGAAGUAAUUUGACAGUACUCUGCAAAAUUAUUCCAAAGAUAUGAAGUCUGAUGUCUAAAGUCUGAAGUAUGAACCUCUGAAUUUUUAAAGUUUCUUCAGUCCCUCUUACUUGUUUUAUUGACCUUUAAUUACUUCCGUCAAGUUAUGUUUAUUUACAUUGUGAGAUUUCUUGUAGGUCUGUUUGCAGCCAGAGUGCUUCAGAAGGAAUACGGAGUUGAUGUUGUAAUCCUUGAAGCAAGAGAUAGAACAGGAGGAAGAACUUUAACUCAGACUGUGAGUAAGAUCAGCCAAAUCUGAGUUAAAUAAAUAUGCUUUCUUGAUCUGGAAUAAUAUAGAUUUUCUUUCUUUUUCCAACGUAACUUGUGCAUGAGGUUUCUUUCCUCUUUGACUUUCAUACAUGACACAGUCCACUGCAUGGUCUUACAGAUAAGUUUUUUAUUUCCCCUGGUACCUUACGGAGGUAUAUAGUUUUCUUCAGGGUAAGACACAAAAGAAAAAAUAAUUUUGUCCAAUUAGGUGCAAAAAGUUAAUGUAACUGUCCUGGAGCUCUGAGCUACAGUGUAGCUUAAAGUCUGUUUUAUAAUUGGCAGGGCUCAAAAUAACUAGUUGUCAACAGACUAUGCCUGGUGAGAAUGGCGACAUGACUGGCUGAAAGCUCCAGUCUGAGGGUCAUGUUUACCAGUGAUGCAUACUCUUCUUUCUCUUCGGUAAAUCUUAGAUUGUGCCUCUUUAUAAAAAUACAAUCAGCUUGCAACAACAUCUUUGGAAUUUGAAUUUUGCCUCCAAUUGCCCAGUGGCUCCUUGUCGACUGAGCUGUCAGAUUUCCACCAAUUGGCGCAAAGCAGAAAUGAGCUUGAAUGUAAACAAACAUUGAAAAACAUGUGAAAGAUGGAACUGUUGUCAUAACUAAUGUCAUCUCCACCAAUCAACAUGAUGCACAGACUUUUUCGCUGCAGAUUUUUUUAAUUCCAGAGACGUAGUUGCAAGCUCUCCUUCCUUUUCCCAUUGCGCCGCCAGAGUGCCCUGGAGACCUUGCUCAAAGGCUAAGAUUAAAAUUAAGGUUGGCCCUCAAGUUAGCGCUAAUCAGCCUUUGAACAACUGGGCCCAGGAGAAUUUGCAUGUGGAUAUUUGGGAUAGGCUUAAUAAAGGCUAGCUAUACUUAAUGCAUGGUUAUUAAAAGUUUUAUUUGAUGCAUCAUUAUUACAGAAAACAAUACCGUACUCUGUACAUUUACAGGACCCUAGCUAUGGAUAUUGUGACUUGGGUGGGGCUUAUGUGUGUGAAACUCAGACAAGAUUAUUGAGACUUGCCCAGGAGUUGGGUGUGGAGACAUACCAAGUAUAUGGCCAAGGAAACACAGUGGAAAAUUACCUGGUACGUUUUAUCUCAGAUAUGAUGAGAUGUUCUGGACUUUACCUACUUCUACUUCACUAUUCACUCACCAGCCAAGAAAAUGCCUUCUUCAACAGAAUUCGUUUUGUCUUUAUUAACAGUUACUAGUAUAAUGAUACAAUAUUAUACUAGCACACUAUUAGACCUGAAAUUCCUUAACAAGUUGAUUAAGUGUGCAAUAAUAUUAUUAAAGCCAAUUCUUUGUGCUAAACAUUUAUGAUAACUACAUAGCAAGCAUAACUAAAUCCGACUCAAUGAGAUACAAUGUACAAGUAAGGAAAAUGUACAUUCAGCAUGGCUGCAGUUGCACCUAAUGAAAUCAGUGUGUGAUUCAUUAAUAGGGGAAAAGAGUGACCAAGCAAGGGGCCCUUCCAUCUAUGGGAUCGUUAUUAGGAGCUCUGGAUGUUAACAACUUCUGGCAGCUCCUAGACAACAUGUGCCGCAAAGUUCCAUUGGAGGACCCUUGGAAUGCUGCUUGUGCAUUAGAGUGGGAUGCCAUGACAGUUCAACAGUUGAUUGAUGAAAAGUGUUGGACAAGGUAAAAAUAUCACAGAAGUAAAAAGAUAAAAAGUUGUUGAAUGAGCCAAUCAUAUCUUAGGUACUAGACUAGAGAUACAUUAUAUAGCUUCUUGACAGGUUGGUACAGUGUAGUUGGGACAGUUAAAUUAGCAUUUCUGAUGAUUUUUAGACAGUCUGUCUACUUCAAAAGGGAAAGCAAGCUUUCCCUCCACCGUUUUCCCAAAACAACGUUGUGCCAAAGACACCCAAGGCAGCAAACGUUAAUGUACUUAGCUAAGUUUGGUUAGAAGGAGCCGGGGAGGGGAGAUUUUGUAGAUCGAAACAAAAAAUUGAUUGGAGUGUCCCAAUAAUUUUGCUGCCAAACUGGAGCUGUUUAAUGUACACCCUCAUUAAAUGAAGAUUUUUUAUGCACAGUAUUCCAGAUUUACUGAGGUAUUUUGAAUGUACUGUUGUGUAUGCUUUUUAUAGCAAAUGAAGGUAUUCAAAUGACAGUGGGUGCCAUUUUCCCAAACUAUUGUACUAGUGCAGAUAAUCAGUAGGUGAGGUAAAGAAGGUUUAAGAAGGCCCUACUAGUGAGGAAAUUUCCAUCUGUGAAUGUAAUUGAGGUAAAUAAUUAAUAACAAAAUGACUGCAGAAUAUUGAUGGUAAGAUGUGGGACAGGGUGUCAUUAUGUGAUCAAUAAGGAACUCGCACUCUUGCUUCAAAGCCAUAUAAAUCAAUAAUUAUUGUUUUCUUUGAUGAGUCAUAUGUCCCAUUAUUAAUGAAAAUCGUUUGUGUUACUGAAUUUUGUCAUGUAUAUCUUCUAAUUAGAGUUGUAAAAUCCAUUUGUAUUGCCACAUAGAUAUGGAAAGGCUGUUGCCACUGCAUAUGUACAGGGAAUUCUUACAUCAGAGCCUUGUAACAUUUCACUGUUGUUUUUCCUGUGGUAUCUACACUCUGGAGGAGGUGAGCUUAAACACAACUGAACUAUGGAUGCCAAACUUCAUUCAAAUUGAAUCCUACAGGUCUCAUGAUGUUCCACCUCCCUGUACUACCUGGCAGACAUUUGGCUCUGUGUCUUUGGUGGCAGAUAAUUGAAAGAUACUGAAGCUGUUUCUCUUUUUCCAUGCAGGCAUAAAACGUAACAUAGAAUUUAAAGGUGGUGGCGCUCAGGUUUGUAGUAAACUACUUGAAAAUCUUAUUACAAAAGGCUAGUACUAUUAAUUCAGUAUUUAAAGGAAUUUUUUGUGUCUACUUAAUAAAUUAAAGUAUUCAUUGAUUUUGAACAACCUAGGAAAUGAAAUUCUGUGGAGGCUCUCAAACUAUCAGCAUUAAAAUGGCCCAAGAGCUUGGUGGUAAGUUUGAAGUAGUGUUGGUGUGAAUUAAUGUUAAAUUGUUAAAUGUGCUUCCGAAGCUGUGUGGCAGGCGUUCAAAGUGGAAAGAACCUUUUUUUGCCUCAAUAUCGAUAUAGAGAUUCUCUUCACUGAUCAGUGUACAGUCCUUUAAAGAAAUAGUUGAGAGAGAAUUUGGAGAAAAGAUUCAAGCAUUAUUCCUUUGGUGAUCAACUACUCUCGUGAUGAUCUGUAGAAAUUGUUAGGAGAAAAUUAAUGUUGGUCACUCUUAGGGCUAUCGCUAGAACACGAUAGGCUCUCCUCCUUCACACGCCCUUUUGGUACUUGUGCCGCUUAAUUUCUCCUAAUCCUUGCCCCUAAAACUCUAUAGUGUUUGCGUCGCUAAAGAGCCAGACUGAACGUAUCAAAAUCCGUAGUCGUCUGCCACACGUAGCCUCCUACAAUAUUGGGGACAGCAAGUAAAUCUCUGGCGGAAAUCAAAUUUGUUCUAACUAGAAUCGGCCUUACUGACACAUCCUGUAGGUAAUGGCCCAUUUAGCCCCGUUCCCAGGUCAUUUCGGACUGGCCUUUUUUUUAAGCGCCCCAGGCGAAUUGACGUUAUUCACGAUACCCGCCAUCUUUGCGCGUGCUUAAGGACUGCUGAUAAAUGAAAGCAAUGUCACAUAGUCUCUCAGGUGGGCUGAAAUACCACGUGACCGGCAUUGCUGUUAUCCCAUUGAUCCUAAAGGGCGUGCAAAAAUGGCGGGUAUCAUGAUUAACGUCUAUUCUCCCGGCGAGCUUGACUCGUGACGUCAAAUCCGAACUCCCUCUGAAGCUAGUGACUAGUACCCUGGGUGCCAGAGACUUUUCUAGCGCGGUUUCCGGUUUCUGUCAAGUUUUUCUCGUGGUCUCGCCGCCCGUGGCUUCGGCCUAUGCCGAAGAUGUGUCUGCCUUCGGCCAACACCGAAAAUUCCCGCCGCACGCGAGAAAAACCUCUGGUACCCAGGGUAAGUGACUAGUGACCCAUAAAAUUACUUGCAUUGAAUUUCAGAUAGAGUAAAGUUGAAGAGUUGCGUUGUUGGAAUCAAAGAAUGUGUAGAUCAUGUAAAAGUCUUAUGUGGUGAUGGAUCUGAAUACAAGGUUUGCAACUUGCCGAAUAUAUUCGACUUCUUAUUUCUUACUGUAGCAGUAAUAGCUCAGUCAGUAGAGCGCUUGACUGCAGAGCGGGAGGUCGCGGGCUCGAUUCCCGAAGCCAGAACAAUACUCAGGACUGAGAAAUGAAGGUACUUCGUUUUGCCCUGACAACGCUAGAACUUCGCGUUGCUCGAAUGACCACGUAAAAUGGCAGUCCGUCUCCAGUAGAAGAUGUCCCAAUUAGUUCUUUCAUGCUUAAGUCAUUGUCACUCCAAAAAAAAAAGAAUGGUAUUUUUUUGUUUUUGUUUUUCUCGUGGAUCGGUUAAAACUCUACAAUAGCUUUCUUUCCUUCUUUUCUAUGCGUGGGCCCUUGCCGCAUUUAAGUGCUCGCGUUCACGUGUUAAGUUCUUGACAUCUUUUCCUUUCGCUCCAGGCAUCAUUUGUUAUAAGCACAAUUCCUCCUGCACUUCUUGGACGAAUCAGUUUCAAUCCUCCCCUUCCAGCUCCGAAAAAUCAGGUGAGAAUUUAGGUGAAAGUAUUCGCAACUCCCGCGCUUGGCUCAAAGUGGCGUAUACCUUCUUAGGCCUAGUCCACACGAAUCCGGACAUUUUUGAAACCGCACUAUUGUUUUACCCGAAUUGUGCCGGGAUGGAGGUCGUAAUAAAAACACUCUAGAAUGCGGUCAGUUGCGGUUAAUAGUAACUAUCCUUAGAUUAGUGUAAUAUGUAGAUUUAGCCAAGGCGAAAGGCAAAGCUUUCGUAAAUUAAUUGAUAAUUUGAAACAAACAAUAAACUGGUAACCAGUGCAAUGAAAUCCAGUGGGAGUUGAGCCUGCGAUCAGUUGAAAACAAGUGCUUGUCAGCGAAUAACUUCGAAAAACACGUGACCUCGAUGUGGUCAUGUGAUACUGGUCAGCGGAUAUCCUGUUUUGACCGCUGUCAAUUGACCAUAACAUGGAUGUGUAAUGUCAGGUUGCAGGUUUCCAUACUAGCUAGAAAGUGUGAGAUUUCACAUUGGCUGUACUGUGGUGCGGAAGGACAGGUGGAAGGGUGGAAGCACGGACGGACGGACGUUUGCACAAAAUUUCUCGAAUGGAUAUAACCAUGGAGUUCCUGCGCGUGGACCUCCGCUAUAAUUGAUCUAUUUGUACUAAAAGAUUCUGUGCACUGUUUUCUUGUAAAAACAGUGAUAGUAGUGGCUGUUGCUUAAAAUAAUUGAAUUGAAAUUGCUUUCCUUUCACUGUCCAGGCUAUUCAAAGAAUUCCUAUGGGAUCCAUUAUAAAGACUGUUACGUACUAUAAACGGCCAUUCUGGAGAGAAAAAGGUACGACUUAAAGAGAACGAAUAAUUUGAAUUGAAUUUUUGAAAUGGGAGUGCAUCGAAUCUAACAACAACAACAACAACAACCUUUAUUAUUAUUAUAUCCAACUAGAGAGAAGUUUUACAUUUCGCGAUGGCUAAUCAAAUGGAAAGAAAAAAGUUUGUUCCAUAACAUACAUAUGUGAUAAGAGGAUGUCUAGCAGCUAAAUUAUCAAAUGUUUUCGUGCUAUAAGCUCCCAGCUAUUAUUAAAAACAAUAUUUUUAACACAGUGGUGACAAUCACAGGUGUAAUGGUAGUAAAGAAAGAACAAAGGAAAUAAAUAAAUAACUCACACACUAUACAUUAUUAUGGAGAAAAGAACGAGUAUGGUCAACUUUCAAAUUGUCUAUUCACUAGAUAUUGUAUUAGUAAGCGAGGGAAGGAGGAAUUUGGGAGGUCUUUCAAAUGAUGAGGAAGAUCUUUCCAGAGGUCAACAUCUAUAGAUUGAAUUGACCAAUAUUCGUUCUUGUGCGUCGUUUAUAAGAGUUCUUUAUAGGGCAUAUGGUGUAUUAUAAUUAUGUACUUGAUCGGCAAACUGAAGAUAAUUUUGAAAAAUGCUUGGCAACUCUUUUCUGUGCCACUGUUUUACUAUCGUGCUGUUCAUGACAAAUGGUGCUUAUUCAAACUACCGCCAGUUGAAAGUGGAUGAGAUACUUACGCAAAAAAAAAACACUUUUCUAACUGUUAUGCGCCAAAGAGGAAGAAUAUAUGCUUACGAAUGCAACGAAUUUCCCCUCCACUGUUGUCAUUUGCAAGUGCAUCAUAUGAUCUUGGAAUCCGCCUUACAACUUUAUUAACGAGGGAGAAAGCCACAAAUCACGCCAAGUUUGUCAAACACCCUUACACCACUGCAGUAGAACCUCUCGUAACAACCACCCAAAGAUUAAGUGGUCGCUUACAAGAAUCGACCGACAGGAGGUAUCUUCCAGAAGAGGUCCGAACACAUCUGCAUUUUGGAAGAGAAUUCAUUACAUGUAAUUUCUAGUUUGCGAUAUAGUUGUUGGUCAAUGUUCUCGCUUAAGUUCUUCGCAUACUCUGAUUAGUGAAGUACAUACGGCGAACGUAGAGAGCAAACAUUGCUGCGAGGAGUCGCCUAUACAGGAGGAUGAAAAAAGUGAAUAGAAAAUUCUAAACCCGUCAUUCACAAAAACUGGUCGCGGUCGCUUAUGAGAGUGCAUUCACGUAAGCAAACUACCCCAAUAUGAUUGCGUGAGAGGAUACCAGGGACCUGAGUAGGAGCGAUGGUGAAGCGUUUUGUUUGGAAAUAAAUCUUCAAAAUCUUUAUGAAUGUCCCGUCCAAUCUGGUAGCCGAGGGGGUGAUGAUGAUGAUGAUGAUGAUGAUGAUGAGAGGUGGUCGUUUACGAGAGGUUCCAGCUAUAGAGUGAUUUGACUUGAGAAAUUUUGGUGUUUCGGGUAGGCGGUUGCUUAUGUGAGGUGGUCGCUUACGAGAGAUGGUCGCACAUGGAGGUUCGACUGUAUAAGUUUAUAAAGUUUCAGUGUCUCGAACCUUUUUUGCAACUGGUUGUAAAUUAAAUCGCCUUAUUAGCUUAAUGUCAUCGUCCUUUGAUCGAUGAGCUUUUCGUUCUUCCGGCGUUGUGAUUAUAAUGGAAGACAACAACACUUGCAUGAAGACCUUUUUAUCGCCUGGCUAAGUAAAUUUCAAACUUUUAACUUGCGGUCCGACUUUCGGGGCGCAGAACGCUUCUAUAUUCAAGAUAUCUACUGCUUCCAUUUCACGGUUUUUUAUCACUGGCAAAUAGCUUGUGGUGAUGAUGAGACGAAUUGUAUUGCGUAAACCUUCACUUUUUCAGUUGAAUUUAAGUAAUAUGUAUAACUCACUGAUAAUUUCAAACUAUUUUUCAGUCUUUUAACUUUUUGUAAAAACAUCGACGUCAUUCUGGAUUCAUUUUAAGUACCUUAUUAACUAGCUAGUGUGAUUGGCUUUUUUUAGCUCAUUUACAACCAGACUGGAAAAAAGUACAUUUUCUUUCUCUUCAAGGUCUCGCUGGUUAUUUUAAUUCCGACGAAGGCCCAGUGGAAGAGGGAUAUGAUGAUACAAAGCCAGAUGGCUCACAUCCAGCUAUUAUGGGGUAUAGUUUCCUUUGUUUGGCCCUUCAAGUUGUAUGGUUUGCCUUUUUAGAUUAGCCGACGAACAUUCUAUUUUAGGAAGGAGAAAAUCCUUUCGAGUAGUCUGUUUCCCUGAGUAAAAACGUCUUUUCUCCUUAUUCUUUUGGCUUAAAAUUCUCCAUCACAUUUGAAUUCUUAAAUGUUUCUGGUCAUGAAUGACCACAGAAUACGAUGAAGAUGAGUAGAAAUACACUGUUCACAGGCCUAUUGUUGAAAGACCUUUCUGACGUGGACUAGCUGAAGCCUUUCUACAAACCAAUACAACUUCUUUGACUCAGGACUUUUAUUCGUUUGUUGAUUGUGAGUUACAAUUCUCUCUCUAUUCUCUAUUCACUCUCUCGUAAAUUAGUGUUACACCCAUUUUUAGUCUAGCCAGAAAACCAUCUGCUAAGUGUAAACUAAUGCUGACGUAAGUCUAAUCUGAUUGGUUGAGACAACCUUAUUAGCAUGGAACCUUCGAGAUAAUUACUUUGUCAAAAUGGUUUUUCUACCUACGUUUUCGCCAUUAAGCUUAGGUUAACUGACCAACAGAAAACAAGGAGAACAAUAUAAAAACUACAAAGUAUCUAGUCGUACUCAAACUUUUCAUAACAACAGAUAGGAAAGUACUAAAAUUACAGUUUGAAAAUCUUAGGUUGUUGUUGAUUUACAGAAGGUGUUAAGCUUCUUCAUCGAAGAUGAUUGGCUAAAAAUUUUCCAUAAAUCAACCACGGACGUGAUCACAAAACUCAGAGUGUAAAUUAAAAUGCAGUUCAAAGCACAAGGCAGAAGUUAGAACAAUAGUUGUUUAACCACAAAAACACCUAUAAAAUCACUUAAAUGUAAUUAAAAACUCAAAGAAACACGCUUAAAACUGUUAAAAACAAGUAAGGUAGUCAUUUCCUGGUAAAUAUCGACGGAAGACCAGAUUAAAGGUCAAAAAUGUUAAACUGAACAAAAUACUUAAUAUAAACAAGGCUUUGCCAUCUGUCAAAGGCUCUAAUUAAACAUAUUUCAUGAACAGAAGUGUUACCGCGGAGAUGCACUAAAUUGGUACAUCUCCUUAAAUCCUUUGCACCGAAUUCAUGUCAGAAGAAACUGUCUAUCGAUGAUCAAUUAACUUAAAAACAAAAACUAUUAGUAGUGAAAUAGCUUACUCAAAUCAAUCAACAAGAACGCUUACAACAACCCCACUACAAACGUAUAUCAACUUCGAUCAACAUUUUCCUUCAACUAGACCAAGGAGAAUGAAUCAACAGAAAUCAUUUUCUCAUUUCGGGAGAGGAUGUCAUUUGAUCAGUGUUAAUGCGUAGGAGUUGAACACCAAGUAAAAUAAGUCAAACUGUUUUUUAUGAUAUUUCCCGUCACCUAUAUAUGGAUAUUUCCGAAUCGAAUAAAUUUUGUAAUAAGUCCCAAACACCAAAUAAAAUGCCUUUAAUUAUUUUAAAUCAAACACAUGCGCACUUCGAACAUUUUUCGUCGCUUCCAUUUUUAUUGUUUAAUACCAUGAGCGCCUAAUUCCUCUAAAAUUAGGCUCGUUUAACAGCCGCUGUUCGGGAUAUGAGCCCGCGCUUUUCUCAGGAAGGAACAAGGUCGAGUCUACUUCGCGUUGGAGAUCAACUAAAAAUUCAUGUUUGAGAUUAGAGAAAGACGUUGAAAAAUAAUUUAAGCGUUUUUUUGUUAUUAUUUUAAUAUUCUCUCGCUGACGCAGCCGUUUUUGUGUCGUCAUUCAAAACUCCUCUGAGCUUUGCGAGAUAAAGAGAUAAAGGCGGCUGCAAAAGAGACUAAUUUUUGACGAAAAGGUGAAAGAAAAAUGAGAAGGGAAAGUCGUAAAAGGGACGACAGAGGAAAGUAACACCGGUUACAAUAACCAGUUCCCCGUCUCCUCUUUUCCCCCUCUCUUCGCAAUUUCUCAACCCCCCCGCCCUUUCGCAUUUACGCCUGGGUUGGUAUAUUGCCAUCAUGACACGCUUUUUGUUUUUAUUUCAUAGAUUUAUUUUGGCAGAUCGAGCACGGCAGUUGACUACUUUAACAAAACAAGAAAGGUACGCCAGUGCUUUUUUUUCCCUGACACUCUGCUCGUUAGGAAAUGUUGAAUAACGUACUUAUUUUUCAUUUUAACAGACAAAAACUUGUUUGUGAACAAUAUGCGACUAUUUACGACACAGACGAAGCCCUAGAGGUACAAUUUAAUACCUUAAGUCAGCUUUCUAAAUAGUUACUCAACCUUUAUCUCCAGUUUGAUUGUUAACUAAUUUUCCCCCUAUCCUGCUAGCAGAGACUUUCUUUCGCCUGCUCGAUUUUGGCAGCGCACUCGAGAAAGACUUCGCAUGAAUCGAGUAAGAAGUUUGUUGAAAAUGUGCUGCUUGUUGCUGAGAUACAGUCACGAACUGAGGCCUAAUAGCUAUGCACUAGGUGCAGCGUGCAACUUGUUUUGCAACACAGCUGUAAAACGAGUUGAAAAGCAAUUUUGUGCCUUUUACCACCCGUCUUGCAAUAAAUCAGGCUGUUGCAAGUUGGGUUAAUGCUGACUUGUGAUUGGAUAAAAUUACGCGGCAGUCACCCCAUGUACGGGAGUUACGUCACUUUCUGCAAAAUAAUUUUGCCUUGAGCCGGAAAACGCGCAACGUGUACAGAUUUUGUCGCAAAAAGUAGAACUAAACUCUACUCUCUGCGAUAACUUUUCCGCGCACCCCGCAACUGAACGACUCGAUUUGUUGCAAGACAGGUUUGGUUCAUGGGUGGUAAACGCGCAACAUCGCUAUUCAACCCGUUUUGCAGCAAUGUUACAAAACAAGUUGCACGUUUUUGCUGUCCGUUUUACCGUACUUUUAAAGCUGGAGAAAAUGGCCCAAGAUUUUAUCACCCUAUUCGAAGACGAAAAAAGCCGAACAGAGACGAGCGACGAGGCAAAUAACGGCUGUGUAGUAGAGUAUUUGAUUAUGUUUAUUCUUUUCCUCAGCCCGUCUUGUAUCUUGAAAAGAACUGGAUGGCGGAUGAGUUUGCAGGUGGUUGCUAUGUGGGAACGUUUCCCCCUGGCGUUUUAUCGAACUUCGGAAAGUAAGUGACCUUGCAUCGGUAUUAAAAAUCAGUAUAAAGACCAGUUUUCAGCCAGUGAAUGAAAAGAUCAAAACAUGGACUUUUCGUUUUCCAGCAAAAGAAAACCUUAAUAUGGAGAAAGCAUAGUUCGAUUGGCCAAUCGUGUUGCAGUAUGACGUCAAAGCGAAGUAUCGAUUGAUUUCUAGAAAGUUCUCGGGCAUGAGGUUUUUUCACCCGAGCGUUCGCUUAACCAAUCAAAAGCGCAACCAUGCGCGUUUGUAUCCGUUCGAUAAACCAAUCAAAUCGCUCUAUUUCUGUUCGUUUGUUGUUUCUGUUUUGUUCGCGCGUUUUCAUUUCAAGGUCAUACGAAAAUCGCUCUAACAACGUGUUCCAGUUCUGUGCCGUUGCUGUUCAUACUUUACCAGUUAGCUCUUGGUAUUGGCACAAAAAGCUAUCCGGUUAGUGUAAUGAUAGCCGAAGCCACACCGUUCAGUCUGUUAAAGCAAUUUGCUUACUGGCCUCUUCAGCUGUCCUUUGUUGGUCUCUGUUUCAGAGCGUUACGUGUCCCGUUUGGUCGAGUUCAUUUUGCUGGUACCAUUACAGCGUCACUUUGGGCUGGUUACAUGGAGGGGGCUGUUGAAUCCGGAGAACGUGCGGCGUUAGAGGUGAGUAUUGCUGGAUGAAACAAUCCUUUAAGUGUCGCAGAUUUGAUGACUUGAACCGUGAAGGGAAGUACAGACUGUCGCAGUUCUGCGGGGAAAUAUAUAUAUAUAUAUAUAUAUAUAUAUAUAUAUAUUGUACAAUAAUUGAGCGAUUUCUCCCGCGAUAAGAGUACAGACCAUGGAAAUGACGUGACAAUAUGACGUGAUGGUGGCGUAAUUUGUUUUUCUCUUACUUGCGCGCGCGAUUUUCCGAGGAACUUCAACGGAAAUGGAUGUGAAAAACGGUCAAUGUUAUUGUGAAAAAAACAAAUCGACAACAAUUUUCCAUGGUCUGUGCUCUUAUGGACCAUAGAAAUGACGUCAAAAUGUACAAAACUUUGCAGUGAAACCACUCCUUUUGAGUUUUGAUCAUUUUGACGUCAUUUCUAUGGUCGAUAGAGCUACAGACCAUGGGAAAUUGUUGAUUAGAUUUGUUAAUUAGAAGCUUUUUUAGGUUUUGUACUAGUGUAGCUUGCAGGAACUGAGCUCUGUGGUCAAGGCCGCGAUACUUAGAGCUCAUUCACGACCUAAUGCAGAAUGCAGACCUUCUAGAAGUUUGGCAAAUCUCAAUCGGCAGUGAUGCCGUGACAUUGUCUUCUUUCUCGUGUUUGUGUUUAAUUUUAGGUCUUGAGUAGACUGGGCAUAAUAACGGAGGAUGACGCUAAGAAGCGACUUCAUCCUGAGGUAAGUAACAUCAUGAAAGACCCGAAGGUAGAAGAAACUAAGGCACUCAACUUGUUGAUUAUUGCUUAUUGCAUUACCAACUUCUUGCGUGACAGGAAACACAUUUGACCCAGAGAGAACUGGUUUGAGAGAAUGGUCGACUGAAAUUUGCUUUUUAUGAAAAUAGACGGGAAUUUUAAUGAGAUGUGUGUCCAGCGCCGGAAAUUCCCUGCAAUUUAGGUUGCGAAGAGUCAAACGUGAUUUAGAGAGAUUAGCACGGGGGUUUUACCCUCUCCCUCCUCUCUCUUCCGUCGCCCAAUACCUCACUAGAGGACCUGUUUAUAAAGAGGCCACUUGCCUUCCGUUCUGUCAUCCUGGUGAGUAAGUUCAUAUGGGCCUCUAUCUGCCCUUUGCUUUUUCAUACAUUAUCAAUGAUUUGGCCGGGCUUUCUGAAAAUCGCAAAAAUUCAUUCAUGACAAGAAAAACCAAUCUGUCCUAAUCGCAAAAAGUAGUUUCCUCAAAACACAAAAAAUUGCCGGUCCCCGAAAAUAAACUCCAGCAAAAAUUUCGUGCCACACGGUUGAUCAGUCCCGUAAUGCAAUUGGACACAAAACCCACCCUGUCUCAAGCCCAGACUGAUGUAACCAAAAAGAAGCGGUUCCAAUUCAAUGCAUGAAAAUCUGCUAACUAAAGAUUCAGAUCUGGUGUCAUCUCCAAUUCUCUGUUUAUUUAUUUACUUAGUUUAUUUAGUUUAUUAUUAUUAUUAUUUUAUUUUACUACAGGGUUUGGAGUCCAAAUUUAUGGAGUUUUCAUUCACAGAGAAGCAUCUUCUUCCCUCAGUACCAUCCUUUUUGUAUGGUUCUUGUUUUCUCGGCGGUGCGGCUGUUCUGACAGUUUUUUGGUGGAAAUAUUUCUCAGAAUAAAUCAUAGAUAUUCGUGAUUCAUGUCUUUUCCAAAGUAACAAUGAAAUUUUUUCCUAGGCUCAUAGCAAGACGAAAUAAUGUAGUUUCAUUUGUAGUUAUCACAAGUAUAAAUCGCCGCCCAAAAUAAAGAUUUUGGCGGAAAUAGGAAAUAGAAACGGUGAUCAUGGAAAAUGAUUACUGCACUGUUUUAUCUUCAUGACGAAUUUCCAUUGGAAAACCCAGAGUGACCUUUGCUUUACAGAGUUUUUUUCCAAGUUUGUUAUUGCCUUUAGACACCCUCGUUCCCAUUCGCCCUCUCUGACAAAAAAUAGCGCAUUGUAGCCUGUAUUUUAUUGCCUUACAAGCUCCACGUCAGGGAAAUUGCAUAGUAUUCCAAUUCUGCAAAAAGUAGCAUAAUCUCUUCUUGAUAAAAUAAAUAUGUUUAUAAAUAAAUAAAUAAUGCUAAAAAAUGGGAGGUCUGGAAACCCUUAGCGUUUCUUUGACGACAUGUGACCUAGACUGUUCCUAAAAGCAAAUAUUGAAUAUCGCUUUUGUCGAAAAAUCAAUGAGAACUGAACAGAUCAGUUGUUGCAGGGAGAUUGGUGCGAAAAAAUCCUGCCUUGUUUUCUAUUUACUCUCCCAGGGAAAACUUACGACUUUAAUCAUGGUGUAGACAAUGUUCGCCUCUAUACAGAGAUAUGUGCUUUAAUUUUGUAGUGGGUGGAGAGCGCUCUCAAUAUUGUGGAC